UAUUUAAACACCGGCUAUGGAUCCAGAAACCCGCGCGAAUCAAUGGCAUCAAACGCGAAGGAGGUGCACCGUCAAUUACAAGCACUUGGACAAGUUUAACUUUUUUUUUUCUUUUACAAAUAAGGCCUUCAAACGCAACCUUAGCAACGCCCAAAUAAGAAGCUACCUCUAAGCCAAAUAGCCUAUGUGCAAAGGGAGGGAGUAUAUAUAUAUAUUUAUAAUAAGCCUAUAUGUAUAUUACAGACGCACAGGUUUACAUUCUGUGAACUUUUUUUCCUUUUUUCUUUCUUUGCUUUUUUUUUUUAAACCUAGGGACAUUGCAGAGGACUCUUCCUCUCUAUCUUUUGGCGCUUUACUGAAGGGGUAUUCUGUUUUCUUGGAGCGCCCAAGGGGGCGCAGGGACAGAGGAAAGACAAGAGAGGGGAAGGAAAGGGGCAGGGUGGGUGGGGGGCAGAGGGCGAGCCGGCGGCCAAGGCGAGCGCUCUCUGGCAACACGAUGCGGUCCCUGCUGCUGUUCACUUUCUCAGCGUGCGUGCUGCUGGCCCGGGCGCUGCUGGCUGGCGGCGCGAGCAGUGGCGGCGGGGACACCGGGCCAGGCAGCAGGCGCCGGGAGAGAGAGGCGCUGGCGGCUCAAAAGAUCGAGGUGCUCGUGCUAUUGCCCCGGGACGAUUCGUACUUGUUCUCGCUGGCCCGGGUGAGGCCGGCCAUCGAGUACGCGCUGCGUAGCGUGGAGGGCAAUGGCACCGGGAGGAAGCUGCUGCCACCGGGCACUCGCUUCCAGGUGGCCUACGAAGACUCAGACUGCGGCAAUCGUGCGCUCUUCAGUCUGGUGGACCGCGUGGCGGCGGCGCGCGGCGCCAAGCCGGACCUCAUCCUGGGGCCCGUGUGCGAGUACGCGGCGGCGCCGGUGGCCCGGCUGGCGUCUCACUGGGACCUGCCGAUGCUGUCCGCAGGAGCUCUGGCCGCAGGUUUCCAGCACAAGGACACGGAGUACUCGCACCUCACGCGCGUGGCGCCCGCCUACGCCAAGAUGGGAGAGAUGAUGCUCGCUCUGUUCCGCCACCACCACUGGAGCCGCGCUGCCCUGGUCUACAGCGACGACAAACUCGAGAGAAACUGCUAUUUCACCCUCGAGGGGGUCCACGAGGUUUUCCAGGAGGAGGGUUUGCACACGUCUGCCUACAAUUUCGACGAGACCAAAGACUUGGACCUAGACGACAUAGUGCGCUACAUCCAGGGCAGUGAGCGAGUGGUGAUCAUGUGUGCCAGCGGUGACACCAUCCGGAGGAUCAUGCUGGCGGUGCACAGACACGGCAUGACCAGUGGAGACUACGCCUUCUUCAACAUCGAACUGUUCAACAGUUCUUCCUACGGAGAUGGCUCGUGGAAGAGAGGAGACAAACACGACUUUGAAGCUAAGCAAGCAUACUCAUCCCUCCAAACAGUCACCCUACUGAGGACCGUGAAACCUGAGUUUGAGAAGUUUUCCAUGGAGGUGAAAAGUUCUGUUGAGAAACAAGGGCUCAAUGAGGAGGAUUACGUGAACAUGUUUGUUGAAGGGUUUCAUGAUGCCAUCCUCCUCUACGUUCUGGCUUUACAUGAAGUGCUGAGAGCUGGCUACAGCAAGAAGGAUGGGGGAAAAAUCAUCCAGCAGACUUGGAACAGGACAUUUGAAGGUAUCGCCGGGCAGGUGUCCAUAGAUGCCAACGGGGAUCGAUAUGGGGACUUCUCCGUGGUUGCCAUGACUGACAUAGAAGCAGGCACCCAAGAGGUCAUUGGUGAUUACUUUGGAAAAGAAGGCCGAUUCAAAAUGCGAUCGAAUGUCAAAUAUCCUUGGGGCCCUUUGAAAUUGAGAAUAGAUGAAACCAGGAUUGUGGAGCAUACCAACAGCUCUCCUUGCAAAUCAUCAGGUGGCCUAGAAGAAUCUGCAGUGACAGGAAUUGUUGUGGGAGCCCUACUAGGUGCUGGUUUGCUAAUGGCCUUCUACUUUUUCAGGAAGAAAUACAGAAUAACCAUUGAGAGGCGAAAUCAGCAAGAGGAAAGCAACAUCGGGAAACACCGAGAGUUAAGGGAAGAUUCCAUCAGAUCACAUUUUUCGGUGGCUUAAAAGAAAUGCCCCUCUCACUUUGUCUGCUUGAGAUUCCUUAAAGAGACAGAUGCAAGAACAGACAUCAACGGAACAGAAAGGGUGUUCUCGGAGAAUUCAUUCUUCUAAACAGUAGUCAUUUCAUUUUAAAUUUUCUUUAGAAGCUCAGGAAUGAUUAUUAAUCACUAUCUGCCUCCUGGCCUUUCAUCUCAUGGCAAACAAAUAUAAUGAUAUAACGUAAUCCUGUUAAGUGUUCUCGCUGCUGGAGGGGCAUCGGAGUAGAUUUAUGUCUUGAAAGUCUGGUGUCUGCAUAUCUUGAUUGCUUUGGGAGCAUUUCAUAAGAGGUUAUAAAAAUGUGGGUUUUCUAAAAUGAAAAGUUUCGUAGCUAGAAUAAAACAACUUUUACAAGUAGAAUAUUCUUGGAAAGAAUUUAACACCCACUAAGAGGACGAUGGAAUGAAAGAAAUCUCAAGGCUGGGAAUGCAGUGCCCCUCUCUCUGGACCUGGGAAACAGGUUUGUAGUUGACGAGGGUUGCGCCCAACGUCCACAUUCAGGUCUGACUUCAUAUCUCAAGAAAGGAUCCCCCCUGUCUCUUUUAGUGUUUCAUCAAAGCUACUCUGGAAAUCUGUAAAUAUUAGUGAGCUAGGAGGAAUUAUAUAAGAAAAAUGAGUCUAAAAAUGUUUCUUUUAUGAUGUAAAAAAAAAGCCCUACUUCACACUAACAUUUUAUUUUUAAGUAUUUUAAUCUUAUAUUUUGGUAUUAGAAAUGUGUCUAUUUUUUCAUUUUGAAGAUUAAAUUUCACUUAUAUUUUAAGAGCAUGAAGGAGGUGUGUGACAAAUCUGUGGUGAGGAAGGAAUGAUUCUCUUUUUCUCUGCUGUCCUCUGCCCCUUGCCUGUGGCCAAUACGAACUGAUGCUCUGACUGACGACGCAUGGGAAGUCUGUUCAGCUUAAGAACUCUGAAGGGAUACAUUGAUGUUAAGCCGUUGUUCAUUUUCGACUGUUUUAAAUGUAUGUUAUUGGAGGGCUACAUCCCUUCUAACUAUGGUCAAAUGAUGCCCUUCAAAACCAGUAGACUUAAGCAGAGACUAAGAAAUGUUAAGAAACGCUUCCCUUCCCCCUCAAGAACAAGCAGGAUUUGAUAGCAAGACACAGUGGUGAUACAUUUUAAAAAAUUGCAUGUGGUUUAUCAAAAUAUGAGGUGAUGAUUUUGACUAAAGGGAAUGUUGGUAUCUGCUGUGUCCCUUUAACCUCAUAGAGUUUUGCAGCCACCAAAAAUCACGCAUAGCUUGGACAGUGAGCUAGGACAGAAAAGGGCAGCGCGGUCAAGACUAAGCCAAUUUUUGCUGGGAAUCCUCUUUGCACUCAGUUUAAAUUCGGGCUCCUACUUUAUCGUUUGAGGAGAGCACAGGGGUACCAUCUUGUAAUCAGGCCUUUCUUGUUGACAUCUUGAGCAUCUGAAACCCAGUUUAAAGGGGAGAAGCUAAGUAAUUCCUUGGAGGUCAUAUCCAUUAAGGUUAACCGUGGAGGAAGCCGAGCGAGCGCAGCAAGCUCUGGAAGCUAGCUUUCUGGAGGAGUGUAUCACAUCUUAUUCUCUUGUCUUCAGCUUAUUGAGUCAAAGUCAAUGGGCUGCAUCUGUUUGGCGUGAACUUCUUUAUGGCUCAGGAAAUGGGCUGUAAACCACAUGGUAAAACAAAUUAGCUGUAGAACAACGGAAGGAGGUACAUUGUGGUUCUGCAUGUGGGGUAUUGAGGGAAAGGUGCUGACUUCAGAGAGAGCAGAAAAAGUAGGCCAGAAAGGUAAACUUCAAAGUGCUAAUCCAGGAGGCAAGCUUGUGGAGCACAACUCAGGAAGGCAGAGGCUGAUGGUUAGGGACUCACAUAAUGAAGACAGAUGGGCAGAUGCCAACCACCCCAAUUCUCAGAACCAGACGUCUGCUUGUUUCUCUCUUUCAUGUUCAAUGAUGUUUUCCCUGUGUUUCCGAGAUACUCAUUUUUUAAUGUUUAUUUUUUUGAACCUGUGUGUUAAUUACAGGAGGGUGGCAGUUCUUUACCUGCCUAUAUUACUGGAGGGAAAGUUCUCUACCUGCCUAUAUUCUUUGGGUGUAAAUGUGUCUAAUCUGUUUGUGAAUUUAUAUAGUGGCCCAUUAAUGGUAGCAUUGUUACAGCAAGUAUCUUUUAUUUCUGCUCCCAGCUAGAGGAAUUGUUCCAAGGUUAAUAGCAUAUUCACAGAUUAGAUGUUAAAGAUGAGAAGGGAUCUAGCCUUUUUUUUUUUUUUUUCUUUUUAAAGCAGGGUGAAUCAUGAAGUCCCUGGAGUCAUUUCUAAUAUUAUUAAAGUUCAUUGCUUAUUUACAUGUCUGCUGUAUAGUUUGUCUUUCUUGAAUGUCUUUACAUGGCUAGGCAAGGUAGCCCAUGUCUUUAAUCCCAGCACUUGGGAGGCAGAAGCAGGGGGAUAUCUGUGAGUUUAGGGCCAGGAUGGUUUGCAUAGUGACUUUUAGGGCAGCUGUAGUUACACAGUUAGACCUUGUCUCAGAAAGAAUAAGUCUUCAUAUGAGCUGCCAAGACGUCAUUAAGUUUUGAAAACACCACUAAGUUGGGAAACCUUCUCUGAGAGUAUAGAUGUCUGUUCCAUGGUGGCCUUGGGAUAAGAACUCUUGAUAUUGUACUGUAGAACUUAAAUUCCUAACUGCUAAGCAACAACUUUGGCAAUUGGUCAUUCAUAAUCUGCCAGUAGUCAACUAUUACAUAAUAAACAAAAUGGAUCUUUCGUUCUUAAGCCAUUCUAUAAAUAUUUACUCUUAAAUCCAAUGAUCAAGGUUUCCAAGGGGAGAGUAUUUUAUUGAUAUUUUUCAUUAUCUGGUCAAAUAUAAGUUCAUAUGCAAGUUAAAAUAAGAAUAUACCUAUGGUGAUGGAAAUAAACACAAAUUUUUAUAGCCAAUAUUAUUGUCUUAGAUUUGGGAGAGAAGCUGAAUUCAGAAAUAAAACUUUCUGGGUAAAGUCAUAUCUAUUCCCAACACAAACAGAGGUUUCACACUGAAUCUGUCAACAUGUAUUGUUUUGAAGAACAGUAAGCGUGUCUUUUCCUGAACCACAGAUAGAAUUCCACAUGUCUUGAAAUAGUUGUUUACAUUUCAGAAUUCGUGGAGGAGAGGGAGAAUCCUAUGGAAUGAGAGCAGAUGCCCCACCCCCACUUCCUCUUUCUCUUGAAUAAAAAGCUUUGGAAUGCCAAGUCACUUCCCUCAGCUUAUAGGCUUCCUGUGACUUUGCUGAAGGCACAUAUACCUUCUGUGUCCCUAACUUACCUUUUUUCUUCUGGUUGGGACUGAUUAUAGGGGUCUAAGACAGGCAGUGGAAAGUGAAAAGGGAGACCUUUUAUAUCUCAGACAGAGAGUGGGUUCAGAAGCUGUUUCCAGUGGCGUCAUUGCUUCUUGAAACAGAGCUACUUGUACAGGUUUUUUAGAUAUCUCUCUCUCUCUCUCUCUCUCUCUCUCUCUCUCUCUCUCUCUCUCUCUAUCUCUCUCUCUCUCACACACAAGAAAAGAACGAAAGAAUAGUGUUUAUAAAUUGGAAAAUACCAGGGCCUAUGUUUGUUGAGACACAAAGAGCUCAGCUCCCUAAUGGGUGCAGCUACAAAGGCAAAUGCCAAUUGAAAUUUGGCCCUCUACCUGUUUGUGUAGUUACACCCUGUGGUUCAGGACUUCAGAAGAAAGCUGGUAAUGAGCUGAAUUUCUCCUUCAGUGGAAAAAACAGAAACUGUCUAGAAACACAGGAUGCUUUAGGGGCAGCAUAGAAGUAGAGAGAAUGAGCCAGUGGUACUGAAGGGACCCGUCUCUCUUCCAGUUGGUCUUUAGA